AUGUCGAUGCCUUCCUUUCUUGUUCAGCAUACCUUUGACCUGAAGCAGCUAUCCCCAAACUCCAAGCCCAACUACCAACCGUACGUAAAGUUGAGCUUCUUCUUCUCGAAAAGACCCGACAUCAGUCAUGAGGAUUUCCACAGGCAUUGGGAAACGGUGCAUGCGGAUCUGGCCGUGGCAUCAAAGGCAUUUGCGCUCAACAUCAAACGAUAUACUCAAUUCCAUGCACUUCCUAGGUGCAAGGAAGCGGCAAAGACUCUGAUCGAGGGAAUGGAACUAUUGGAGUAUGACGGUUGUAGUGAAAUUCUGGUCUCAUCCAUUGAGGAUGCUGCAGCGUUCUUUUCGAGCCCAGAAUACAUCGAAAAGAUGAACAGCAAGUCAAUGCCCCGCUCGCGAGACGAGGACAACUGGCUUGCUAGACCAGUCCGCUUCAUGAUCGGAUAUGACAAUUUGAUCUUCGGUCAGGGUUUACCGAUUCCAGAGGCCACAGACGGCAUCCUGCCCAAGGACUUGGAGACGGCACUUGGACAAGAGUGA